CUUUGCAGCAGCUCAGUUGUGCUAGCUGCUAGGCUAACUGGUUCAGUCAGUUGGCGAUCUGUCAACCUGCAGCUAAAAGCACACACACUGCUGGGCUCUACCUUCCGGAUUACACUCAUUUGAUGGAAAGACGACCGCUCCAGAAGAGGAUGAAGUUGAGGAAACAGGUGACAGUGUGUGGAGGGGCCAUAUUCUGUGUGGCUGUGUUCUCACUGUAUCUGAUGUUGGAUCGAGUCCAACAUGAUCCUGCAAGGCGACAGAAUGGCGGAAAUUUUCCACGGAGCCAAAUUUCAGUUCUGCAAAACCGGAUAGAGCAGUUGGAGCAGCUCCUGGAGGAAAACCACCAAAUCAUCAGCCACAUAAAGGACUCUGUGAUGGAGCUCACAGACACAGGAGCUGUGUCUCCCAGCGGCCACCUGCCAUUCAGAAGUGCCAAUGGUUCCUGGGUCCUACCGUUCGACGGCCGUCCCACUUUCCUUGCUGUCAAGCCCCAGGAUUGCCAAGCUGCUUUAGGCAGCCAUGGUCAAGCAGACGUUCAGAUGCUGGAUGUGUACUCCAUUCUCAAGUUUGACAAUCCUGAUGGCGGCGUGUGGAAACAGGGCUUUGACAUUACUUAUGAACCUGAUGAGUGGGACAAUGAACCGCUGCAAGUGUUUGUGGUCCCCCACUCCCACAAUGAUCCAGGUUGGGUGAAGACUUUUGACAAGUACUUCACAGACCAGACGCAACAUAUUUUGAACAACAUGGUGGUGAAGCUGGCGGAGGAUCCUCGCAGGAAGUUCAUCUGGUCUGAGAUUUCGUACUUCUCCAAGUGGUGGGAGAGCGCAGACAUACAAAAGCAGGAGGCUAUGCGAAAACUGAUCCUUGGAGGACAGCUAGAGAUUGUCACAGGAGGCUGGGUUAUGACUGAUGAAGCCAACGCCCACUACUUUGCCAUGAUAGACCAGCUCAUUGAAGGACAUCAGUGGCUGGAGAGAAAUCUAGGUAUAACUGCUCGCAGCGGGUGGGCGGUAGACCCUUUCGGUCACAGUGCUACCAUGUCCUACAUACUGAAGAGGGCCAACCUGACCAGCAUGCUCAUCCAGAGGAUCCACUACUCUAUCAAAAAACACUUUGCCUCCACCCGCAACUUGGAGUUUAUGUGGAGGCAGGCCUGGGACACUGGAUCGAACACAGAUAUCUUUUGCCACAUGAUGCCGUUCUACAGCUACGACGUGCCUCACACAUGCGGGCCCGACCCAAAAACUGGCCAGUUCGUUUCAAGGGUUCCCGGGGUCGAUAAAUGUCCCGGAAGGCCCCCAAAAGUGGGGUAGAGGCAAGUAGCAGAGAGGGCACAGCUGCUCCUGGAUCAGUACCGUAAAAAGUCCAAACUCUACCGCAGCAAGGUGCUUCUUGUCCCGCUGGGAGAUGACUUCCGCUACGACAAGGCGCUCGAGUGGGAUCAGCAGUAUACCAAUUACCAGAAGCUGUUUGACUACAUGAAUUCUCACCCAGAGAUGCACGUACAAGCUCAGUUUGGGACUCUCACAGACUACUUCAGCGCCGUAUACAAAGCACACGGAGUGGCCCAGGGAUCCAGACCCGCAGACUACCCAGUGCUUAGUGGAGAUUUCUUUGCUUAUGCGGACCGGGAAGACCACUACUGGACUGGCUAUUUCACCUCUCGGCCCUUUUACAAGAGCCUGGACCGUGUAAUAGAGUCACACCUCAGGGGGGCAGAGAUCCUCUACAGCCUGGCGGUUGCGUAUGCUCGGCAUGCAGGCAUGGAAGGGCGCUACCCGGUCUCAGAUUAUGCCCUGCUAGUUGAUGCGAGACGCUCGGUUGGUCUCUUCCAACAUCAUGAUGCCAUCACUGGCACUGCAAAGGAGAAUGUUGUCAUUGACUACGGCACCAGAUUACUGCGUUCACUCCUCGGUCUGAAGAGAGUAAUCAUCAAUGCUGCUCAUUUCCUGGUGAUGAAAAACAAGGACUUUUAUCGCUUUUACCAGACGGAGCCCUUCCUGGAGACAGAUGACAGGCGUGCCACUCAAGACUCCCUGCCUCAGCGCACUUUAAUCGAGCUGGACCCAGCAGGGCCGAGGUACCUGGUUCUGUUUAACCCCAUCGAGCAGGAGCGCCUGUGUGUGGUGACUGUGUUGGUCAACACGGUCAAGGUGCGGGUGCUUACUGAGGAUGGACAGACCCUCCCUGUGCAGCUGAGUGGUCAGUGGGGCUCUGCCAGUCAGAUGAGUGCAGAGGUGUUUGAGGCAACAUUCAUGGUCCGUCUGCCGCCGUUGGGCCUGGCUGUGUUCCAUCUUUACGACUCAGCUGACUCGCCCAUGUCGCUCCGCUCUGACACCCUGCUCCGGCUGUCUGAUCGGGGCGCCACUGCUCGUGCCGCGGACCCGCUUCCUGUCCGCUCCCAGCAGUCUGACCCACAGACCUUCUACAUCAGCAGCCAGUCUCUCACUCUGGGCUUCUCUGGAACCACCGGCCUGCUGGAGAGCAUCAAGCACAAGGAUGAUCCUCAGGAAGUGAAGGUUCAGAUGCAGUUUGUGGUCUACGGCACCCGUCCCUCGAAAGACAAAAGUGGAGCUUACCUCUUCCUGCCUGAUGGAAAAGCAAAGCCGUACAACCAGAAGGAGCCACCCGUUGUGCGCGUCGUGGAGGGGCCUCUCUUCUCGGAGGUGGUGGCGUACUACCAGCACUUUCAGCAGACCAUUCGCAUAAACAAUGUGCCAGGGGUGGAAGGGUUAUCUAUAGACAUCGCUACGACGGUGGACAUCAGAGAUCAGACCAAUAAGGAGCUGGCAAUGCGACUGGUCACUGACAUCCAGACCGGAGACGUCUUCUACACGGAUCUCAAUGGCUUCCAGAUCCAGCCUCGCCACCACCACCUCAAGCUUCCCCUGCAGGGCAACUUUUAUCCCAUGUCCAGCCAGGCGUACAUCCAGGACAGCACUCACCGCCUCACGCUGCACACGGCUCAGGCCCUGGGUGUCACCAGCCUGGAGAGUGGCCAGCUUGAAGUGAUCAUGGACCGGCGGCUGAUGCAGGAUGAUAACCGGGGGCUGGGUCAGGGCCUGAAGGACAACAAGAAGACGACCAACCGCUUCCGACUGCUGCUGGAGAGGAGAUCCAUGGGCAACAAGAUUAUGGACAGUGCAACAACCAGCUUCCCGUCCAUACUCAGUCACAUGACCAACACCUUCCUGAACCACGAGGUCUUGGCUCUGCCCGUCCUGCCCAAAAGACGCGGCGUCCCUCCGCUGCAAACCUUUGCCCCUCUCAAGUCCAUCCUCCCCUGCGACUUCCACCUGCUCAACCUGCGCAGCAUCCAGAGCCAGCAGGACCCCAACUCUCCGUCUCUGUACACAGCCUUGAUUCUGCACCGUCUGGCGCUGGACUGUGGCCUGGCUCAGAACCUGGGCUUCAACUGCACCACCACUCAAGGACAGCUGAGUGUGUCAGGACUGUUUAAGGACCUGGACCUGCAGCUGCUCCAGCCCAUGUCCCUGACGCUGAUGCACUCCAGCGCGCCGCUCGCCAACGACUCCUCCAUCAGCCUGGAUCCCAUGGAGAUCUCCACCUUCAAGCUCAAACUGCACUAAGAGCCAUCCAGACUAAAAGACGCAAUAAUUAAAAAAACUGAACAGACUCUUUGGACCAAGAACCAGACCCACGUCUGGCAACAGAGGGAGGGGAUGGGGGGGGGGGGGGUAUGGUACUCUCUGUUUUGUCAAGCAGAACUGCAAGCACUACGGUUCCACUGUAACCGGACCGACUGCCCAGCAGGGGGCAGGAGAUCGCGGGGUACUGUGGACGUCUCCGAGAGCAGAGCACCCGGUGGACCUGCAGUCGCCCGGCCCUCUUUUCUCGGAAUAAAAAAUAAGGUCUCUUUCAAGAACUUGGCCCUUUUCUAUUUUUGCUCCAUCCGGGGUGAACUACGAAUGAAAAAAACCCAAAUGCGGGG